CCUCGCCGGAGAGGGUCCUUGCGACGCCAGCACCGUUCCGCGACCCCGGCUUGCUUCGGCCACCAUGCCGCGCUCUUUCCUGGUCAGGAAGUCUGCCUGCUCCCGCCGGAGGCCCAACUACAGCGAACUGCACGACUCUUCUCCAGAGUUUACCUUCCAGCAGCCUUACGACCAGGCCCACCUGCUGGCGGCCAUCCCGCCUCCUGAGGUCCUCAACCCCACGGCCUCGCUGCCCACACUCAUCUGGGACUCUCUCCUGGCACCCCAGGCCCAGCCAAUUAGCUGGGCCUCCCUUCUGCCCCAGGAGAUCCCUAAGGCUGUAGAGCUGACCUCCCUGUCAGACGAGGACAGUGGAAAAGGCUCCCAGCCCCCCAGCCCACCCUCACCAGCGUCUUCCUCCUUCUCUUCCACCUCAGCCUCUUCCCUGGAGGCCGAAGGUUAUGCUGCCUUCCCAGGCUUGGGCCCAUUGCCCAAGCAGUUGUCUGGGCUCUCAGGGGCCAAGGAUCCCCAGUCCCGAAAGGCCUUCAACUGCAAAUAUUGCAACAAGGAAUACAUCAGCCUGGGCGCCCUCAAGAUGCACAUCCGAAGCCACACGCUGCCCUGCGUCUGUGGCACCUGCGGAAAGGCCUUCUCCAGGCCUUGGCUGCUCCAAGGCCACGUCCGGACCCACACCGGGGAGAAGCCCUUCUCCUGCUCGCACUGCAGCCGCGCCUUCGCCGACCGCUCCAACCUGCGAGCCCACCUGCAGACCCACUCGGACGUCAAGAAGUACCAGUGCAAGACCUGUUCCCGCACCUUCUCCCGCAUGUCCCUGCUCCACAAGCACCAAGAGUCUGGCUGCUCAGGGGGCCCCCGCUGACUCCCCAAGGCUCCCUCUGCCUCUCCAGACCCUCCCCAUGCAGCGGCCUCCCCCCAGCUGUGGAAGGAAGGAUCCCCGAAUCCUUCUCACCACCAUGGAAUUCCCUUCCGAGCCUGACUGUUAGCUGCAUUGGCCCCAUGGACACUGAGGACCACUUUCCAGUUGUGUUUGCUCCGGGGCCUCAUUUGGCUCUGUGGACCGCUGCUGGGAGGGCGGCCCCUCUGGCAGGCACUGCUCCCGCAUUCUGGAGUGGGCCUUCCUGUGUGGGCUUGUGUAUCCAAACUGUUUGGAUAUAGCUGCUUCAAGCUACAGGACAAAAGCCAACAGACAGACUGAUAGGAGGCUCCCGCCCCACUCAGGGGACCUCCCUCCUCCCCACCCCAGAAACCCUCAGGCCACCUCUCCAGGAGGUGCGAGUAACUGCAAUAAUCCACCCCCAGGGGCACCCACGGGCCUGUGGGGGUGGUCAGUCUAGACCCCAGGGUGCCCUGGGGCCUGGGCAGCUAUUUCAGCCUCCAGUUUGUCACGGUGGCACCUGUUUCUCGGGCAAUUUAACAGCGUCUCAAAAGGGAACGUGAGUAAUUGCCAUCACUUGUCAGGGGCCCAAGUACAGGGUGCUUUGGCCCAACCAAUGUGUCUCCCAGAACUAUUUUCAGGGCCCUGACAGGUGGGCCCAGGAGGAAGAUGUUUACAUUUUUAAAGGUACACUGGUAUUUAUAUUGCAAGCAACAUUUUGUACUAAGGAAACAUUUUGUAUAGUUAUAUGUACAGUUUAUUGAUAAUUCAAUAAAG